AUGUUCAAAUUAGAUGCUGCAGAGUACAUGAUGUCCAUUUGUGGUGAUUCUGGUCUAAGGGACAUAUCUUCACCUGGAAAAAGUGGCAGCAUUUUCUUUCUUUCUCAAGAUGAUAGAUUUGUGAUAAAGACACUGAAAAAAUAUGAACUAAAGGUUAUGCUCAAUAUGCUUCCUAAAUACUACCAUCACGUAGGAAGUUAUGAGAAUACUCUUAUUACAAAAUUCUUUGGCCUCCAUCGAAUAACACUAAGAGGUGGGAAAAAGGUGCGCUUUGUGGUCAUGGGGAAUAUGUUCUGCACAGAAUUGCAUAUUCACCGUCGUUAUGAUCUGAAAGGGUCUUCUCAAGGAAGAUAUACAAAGGAAGAAAAAAUUAAUAGCAAUACAACAUUGAAAGAUCUUGACCUAAAAUAUGAAUUUCAUAUGGAUAAAAAAUUACGAGAAUCCCUAUUCAAACAAAUUUCUCUAGACUGCAUGUUCUUGGAGUCUCAGCACAUAAUUGAUUACAGUCUUCUUUUGGGAUUACAUUUUAGAGCUCCGGAGAAUCUGAAGGCCUUAGUUGAACCUCCCAGACUAAUGCAGCCUCAGUUUAGCUUACCUUCUGAAGAUGAUCCACACAAACAAGGGGAGCAGUUGAUCAUUCCUAAAGGCUUGUUAUUAGUUGCUCAUGAACCCAGCUUUGUGAACACUGCACCUGGACCCCACAUUAGAGGAAAUACAUUGAGAGCAUACUCCAUAGGUGACAAGGAAGUUGAUCUUUUACUUCCUGGUACUGCAAGGUUGCGAGUGCAGUUAGGAGUAAACAUGCCAGCUCAAGCGACACGCAAAGUUCAGGAGGACAAGGUGGAGGAGUCAGAGGUAGAGCUUUUUGAGGUUUAUGAUGUAGUCCUAUACAUGGGAAUAAUUGAUAUAUUGCAGGAAUACACUGUGAAAAAGAAACUCGAGCAUGCCUGCAAAUCACUGCAAUAUGACCCUAUGACUAUAUCAGUCGUGAAACCCAAGACUUAUGCUGAACGUUUCAUCAGUUUCAUGGAGAAAAAAGUUUUUCCGGAGCCAGAGACUCCUUGA